AUGCCCCAUAGGGAAUACCAAACGCCGAAGAUCAAUAUAAAGAGGGUCGGAGCAUACCUCUGUUGUCUUUCAUCGAUCAUCACCUCUAGCAACAUGCCGACAACCGUACCCAACUCAGAAAUUGUUUUCCCUCCGUCCCUUCUCUCAGCCCCCCAGCCUGUAUCGAUUCAACCUCCUCCGUCCAGAACCCAAAUCCCACCUGGAUUCGUGCUCUUCGCUGUCGACGAAGGUCGAGCUUUGACUUCCACCCCUAAUGCCCAGGGAGCUCUUGUCCCCCGUCCUACGUCAUACGAGGAAGGUGUGAAUGUUGCAUUACGUUUGCUUGGUUCCGUCUUGGGAGCUACCUCGGAGGACGAACUUGUUUUAAAACUCAUCGUGCAAGGGGAUCACCCUGCAAAAAAUGUAUCUGCUAUUUUCGACAAGGAAGACUGGGACAAAGUCGUCCUGGCCAACUCGGAGAUUGGGGUAUUCAAAAUCUCCCACCUCCCCAUGCCCAGCCACACUCCCAACCCCUACGCGGACCUUCCAGGUGGUAGGACGCUGGUAUGGAAUCCGGAGAUAAGAACCCCAAUGCUUUACAAUCCCUAUCCAUCCGUUGAGGCAUGGCUAAACGCGUCUCCGCCUCGACCCGCAAGUAAAGCUUCUAUGCAUUUGACUUGGUCAGCUCGAAACCGGGCUGCUCUCGUUGGAUUGCCCCCGUCCUACGAAGCAUGCGAGCGGGUUGCUCGUGAAGUAUUCCGAGUCAAGCCUUCUGGAAUUGGCAGAUUUCCACGGAUGUCAUUGAAAACAUUGGUUCAGGAACCGAAGGGUGACGUGUGCAGAGAGAUGGGAGUGCCGAUGAUCAUCCAUCCGUCUGCGUACGACACUUCCGUUCUUCAUUUUUCAGGCCCACUUGAAUUCUUGGUCGAAUUCGAGAGCGAAGACUGCGAGAGGUUGAACACAGAAGAAAAGGGGGAGAUGACGAGCAGCAGCGGAGAAGGAUAUCUUGUACCACCACCAGCGGCGAGGGGUGAGCACCAACUUAAACCGCAACCACCACCAUCUUUGUCGCCGUGGACGACGUGGACGACGCCGUUCGACAACAUGGAACGCGAGCAGCUCGUCUUUCCUACCUCGGCGAUCCUUUCAACAACGAUACACUCAUCUGUUGACACCUCGUCGACAUCCGAUACGAAGAGGUCUACCAGUUCUUCGUCAAGUAGCAGCAUGCCAACGACGACGACGCCCGAAUUGUCGACUAAAAGAGCAUCGAAGCGCCGUUCGAGUGCCAGCAGGAAGCUUGGCUCACUGUACGAGCGAGUAACAUCGUCUUUUCAUUCGGGGUCUCAUCCUCCUUCACUCGAUGCAUUGCACGUAGUCAACAAGAAACCUUCAAGAUCGUUCAAGUCGCUCUUUCCACAUUUUCACAACGCGAAACCACGCAAGAACACCGAGGCCGAGCAAGAAGACGACCCAUUCUUGACGGUCAAGCCUCAGGUACCCGGUAUAUUCACCCCACGGCUGCCCAUCGAGCUCUGGCUGCAUAUUCUGCAGUAUGCGACAUCGCCAUACGACCUGCGUAGCCUGUCCUCCUUUUCCACAUCAGCGUACCCCAUCGACCCCUCUCCUUCAUUCUCGUUCCUGGAGCACAAUCCCGCACACACCCAUUUCCACGAGCGCGUGACAAGGUACAACAGCCACCUUCGAUGGAAGGCUUCCCUUACCCGCGUGUGCCGCCUCUGGAACCUACUCGCACAGGAGGUGCUGUACGAGCACAUUUGGAUUUCCAAGGCUAGGGAAGGGCGAGCUCUGGCCGGCCGCCUUGGCGGAAACGCCCUUGUUCCUGCGACGGUCGUCUAUGCCGGCGAAGAGAGGAGGGAGCCAAGGCACCGUCGCUCGAUGUCCUCGCUCUCGAGUGCGAACGCGAAUCCGGGCAAGCACAUCCGCCACCUGCACAUCGAGACGCUGAGCAUGGACAAGUGCAGCCCACAUGAUGUGCUAUUGAUCCUCCAGCACUGCCCACUCCUAGACGUGUACACGGACUGCCGGAGCGUGCGCCGACCGAUGCACCCCCUCGUGCUGAGCUUGUCCGACGUCGCCCCGUUCUCGAGCGCACCGACACCGUUGGUGACGUCCGAUGCACUGCUGACGUCACUCCUCGCUCGCCCCCUCAAGCGCCUCACCUGGACAAACUAUGCCUAUGACAUGGACGACUACGAUCGCAGCGUCAGGCUGUACGAAGACGUCGUCCGCCCGCGUUUGGCACAAGUUGGAAAGGACUUGGAGUUGUUGGAGAUCGUGAUGAGUGGCGAGGGUGUCUACGGGAUGGGCGGUAGGGCAUCGGAGAGCAGGAGCUGGGGCGUUGGAGGCGCAGGUGCGGGUAUGGGCGACGGUAUAGACGUGGAGAGGUACGAGAGAAGGAAGGCACCCCGGAUCACGAUCGCACAUUCACUGGAGGGCGGCGUGUUCGCAUCAGCUGCACAGCUGACCGAGCUGGAGGCCUCAUACACGACCACCUCGAGGUUCAUCUCCGACGCCCCGCUGUGCUCUGCGCAACCGCCAUCACCCGACAAUCUACUCGCCGAACCCACCCUCACCCUUCCUGCUCUGCGAUCACUGAAGGUCACUCUCGACAAUGCGACGUUCUCGGUUCUCUCGACAUGGAGCAUGCCCCUCCUGACGAACCUUUCGGUCAUCGCAGCCGACUUUGGGUACGCAGGGGCGGGGUUCCAGGAGUUCUUUGAAGUGCAUGGGGCGAAGAUUGAGCAGCUCGAGUUGGGCCACUCCAGCGGCGAGAUCGAAGAAUUCUGGGUGACGGAGCCACGAUCCUUCCUCAACGCAAACGCUUCCACCAAUGCGAACGCCAACGCCAACUGGAACCCGAACGGCACUACCCCUUCCGGCCGCUUCCAAAUCCCGCUCGACGCAUGGUGCCCGAACCUCCGCGAGUUCAUCUGUAGUGCCGAUGCCGAAUGGAACUGGCAGUCGCCUGACUGGAUCGCACCGCACGUCCUCCUCCCAACACACGCAGGCCUGCAGUUCAUCGGCGUGCGGGACAUGGAGCGUCGCCUGGUGGGUGAUGCGGAUGAGGCGAUGAGGCGGCACGAGCAUGCCCCGCAGGCAAGCGAGGAGGAGGAUCCGUACUUCAUGCUCCUAGAGCAGUUUGGGAGCUUGCUGAGGCGCGCUGCGUUCCCAUCGCUGUUGUACGUGCGCGACAUGAGCGCGGCGAGCAACAUGAUGCGCAAGACGGGCCGUAUGGGUAGGCUGCCAUCCGAUCCAUCGCCUCCUACGACGUUCUCGCCGUUCGAGCUCUCCACACCGACGCCCUCGAACCCGUCACUCGUCAAGAAGCUCAGAUGCAAGCCUUCGCAAGCGCAGCUCAAUGCCCGACAAGCUGAGGACGCCCUCGCGAAGGCUCAGGGCAAGAAGGUACUCAGGUUCUGGACGGCUGUGCUGGAGCGUUGUCGCGAGCGCGGGGUGUGGUUGGAGGACUGCCAUGGAGUGAAUGUGAGGAUGGCGGACCUGAGACGGGCUGCGGUUUAA